AAAUCUCUGAAUUUGCACAUAAAUUUUAAAGACUUUUGUGUUAUUCUUUGCAAAUAAAAUGGUUAAAGUAUGCAGAGUUGCAUGUUUGACCAGUCUGCCUACAUAUCCUACUUGGUAGAAGAGGCAGUGAACGGGUUAGACAACUCCAAUGCUCCUUCAACCUCCACACAGAGUCAACAACAUAUUGCCACCCCAUCCACACAUACACCCCCUUACCAAGCAGAUUUCAGCUUUCCCAGAAACACAGGUGCACCUAAUUUUCCUCCAUUAGGUAGUGUUAGUUUUAACCCGCAGUUAACUCAGCCACCACAGAGACUACAGUUAUACGUAGCUCCAGUACAACAAAAUAUCCCACAGAAUCCAGUGCCUGUUCCCAACCCAGCAUAUCCUGUAUCAUUUGGAGCUGUUACUAACUACCUACCACAACAGGAGUCCCAGUCAACAAUAAGUUCUCUAAGAUACCAGGCCAGUUCAUUCUGUCUCAAUCAGCAUAUAGGAUCGGAUGAACCAACCAUUGUGAAUGCUAGUCAAAUAAACAACAAAAUUCAUGUACAAUUCCAGUUUGGCGACAAUGAUAGGUUUUCUGUGCAGUCUACUAACACCACAGAAUCUAAUGGCCCUGGCGUGAACUGGCAAAACUUUGGAAGUAAUGUGUCAGAGAGCACAGCAGGUACUGUAAAUCUGAAUAUACCAACUGUUGUUCAGCCUGGAAAUGUUCAGACUAAUAAUAACUGUCACAGCAACACUCCUACAGACAUUGGGGACUUCAGUCAGUUUCGUGUAAGCAAUAUUCUAAGGAAAAAUUGUACAGAUGUAGGCAAUACAACAGAUGCUAAUAAAACAGCUUUAAACACUGAAAAUGUAAAACAUGACAGACAAGUGGAGGAAAGAGAAUACUUCAGACUUUUUAUGAAGAAAGAGAAAGAGAUAGAAAAGAAUCGUAUAUGGCAUGGGUCAGAAUGGAAUUACAAUAAAAGUGAAGUCAAUCAUAAACUAACAGAAAAGGUUGGAAGUUUGAAAAAGGGUGCAAAUAAAGUGAAAACUGUUACAGAUACUCAGAGUACCUUGCAAGUAAAUAAGCAAGGCUAUUAUGAAUUUUCUCAUUUGUAUUCUAAAUCAUAUCUUCAGCAUGGAAAGAAACAUAAAACAAAGAAGGAUAAUAGCAAAAAAUCUGAUACUGGAAAAAAAUUAAAGAGAAGUGUGCCAGUCAAAAAGUCCAGAUCUAAAGUAGGAGAAGUUUGCGAGAAAGUAACAUUACUUAAAUUGACAUACCAAUGUGGAGAUUGUACACAAACUUAUGAUAACAUUGAAGAUUUAAAGAAGCAUAUCCGUGAAAACCAUAAGGAAACAAAUAAGUCUUGUGAAGGAUCUAGCAAAAGUCAGGAAAGUGAAAAUAAAGUUAUUGAUUUAACUGAAACUGAAGAAACUGAUGAAGUAAGUAUGGCUAGGGAAACAGAAGAACAGGACAUAAUGGAAGUUGAAAGUGAAAAUACAAGUAGUGAUCCGCAGUCUUACUUGUGUUCAUAUUGUGGAUAUGAUUGUAAGUCCAAAGAUGAAUCUGAAGAACAUCAGAAGAUACAUAAAUAUGAGGUAGAUGGAGAAAACCGGGAGAUUGAUUGUCACAAAGAAGGGAGAGAGUACUUCCAGAUGAGUCAGAAACUGGUUGAGUGCCAAAAGGAAAGGGAAAAUGAAAAGAGAAAAAAUAUGGAAGAAAGAAAUCAUAAGGAAGAAGAGGCUUUUGCUAAAGCAAAGGCUAUAGAAGAAGUCCCACUUCAGAAGACACAAAGUUUUUCUCAGGGAUCAAAGACCAAAAAAUCAAAUGACAAAAAUAAAAAUGUCAGUAACUUGAGACUGGAGAGACUGCAGCAGCCAGAGGAAAAUAGAAUAUUGCCAAAAAGGAGGGCAGCAACACAAGCUAAAAAUACAUUGAUGAAUCCUAGUAAAGGUAAACAGAAGAGAAUUAGAGAUACAAAAAACUUAAAUAAAGAAGACACAAUGCUGAUGGAAAUGUUUGGUAUUAUCCCUAGUAAAGUUUGUUUAAGCAGAGUCCAGGAAUCUGAAAAUUUGGAAUCCCAAAUUGUUAACAGUUCAAGUGACGAUCUUGGUCAAGAAAAAAGGAUAGAGAUAGAAAGAAAUCUUGAAGGUGGAGAAAAGCAAGUAACGGAAAAUAAUACAGUUGAAAAUAAUCACUCAGAUGUAGUUAUAAACAUUAGUAACAGUCAAAAUGACACACCAAUUGUAAACAAUUUUGGUGAUGAUCUUGUGCAUGAAAAAAGUGGUACAAAUGGUAAGAAAGAAGAAAAUAUGGAAGGUAAGGAAAUUCAGAUUGCGGGAAAUAAUGAAGUUGCAAAGAAUCACUGGAGUAAAAUUAUUAAUAUGAGUAACAGUGAAAAUGAAGUGAAUGCCAAAGAGAAUAUGUUUGAUGAUAAGGCUUUCAGUGAUGAUGAUUCAGAUAUUGAGAUAGUUGAGCCUCCAAUGACACUGAUUGUUCUGGAUGAUGAAGCUGAAGAAGCAGCUACAAAAAAGGAGAGCCCUAAGAAAUCUGAUAAAGAAAUAAUGAAAUCUUUUGGAUUAAAAGAUGUGACAGUAAACAUUGAGAAGACAGAGAAAAGCAAAGUAAAGGAAUCACCUGGAAAAGAAAAAAGUAGAAGUGAUACUGAACUGAUGGAGAAGUUUGGGAUAAAAGAUCUUUCAGUAAGUCUAACUAGUACACCCACUAAAGUAAAACGUAAAAGACCAGGCCCAAAGUCUAAAACGCAAACAGGAUCAAGACAAACAAGAGGAAGUAAGUCUACUGGUAAUGCUGCAGUCAAAAAUAUAGAAGAAAUGUCUCCUAAUGAGAUUGAGAAAUUGCUGUACGAGUGUGGUAUGGGUAUUUCAGUACCUGUUCAGUCACAGAACACUUCCGAUAAUGGGAAAGGAAGUAACGAUAAAGCUAAAAGAACACCAAGUCCUGUUCCAAGCACAUCAAAGGGACAUGGGCAGUUGAGGAGAAAGAGAACAGCUAGAAAAUCUACCAAAGACAGUGCAUUGUUUAAAGAAUACAAACUGAAAGACUCUAAGGUCAUUAUUAGGAAUUUAUCCAGAAUUGACAUAUCCCUUCUAAGAAAUCCAAAUUCUCCCUUUGGAAAAAGUGACUGGUUGAAACACAAGUUUGAUUCUGACACUGAAAGUGACUUUGAAUUUGAUAUCCCAACUCCUCCACUGCUAGAAGAUUUUGUCGAAAAUACAGGACCUUCUGGCGGUGAAAGAAUAGGGCAGAAUGUACUGUCAUCAAGAACUGGACCACCAGUCAAGACAGGUAGGAAAAGCCCUGUUAAACAAAAAGAUUUGAAAGCUAUGAAAAAAUUUGGAAUUUCGGAUUCAGUAGUUGUUAUUGAUAGUCAAAAGAAAAAUGAAAAUUCAAAACUUGAUAUAGGUAAGAAGAAAACUCUUUCAGAUGAAGAAUUAAGAAAGAAGUUUGGCAUACCAAAUACUAUGGUUGUAAUAAACACUUCAGAGAAAACAGCAGACAGUUGUAAAAAAGAACCAAGUGAUAAAAAAGAAGCAGAGAAAACAUCUAGCUAUAUAAGCUUUGAUGAUUUCAAGGCAGCACUAGAUAGUGCAAGAAAGAAUGUUCUAAAUAGACUGAAAACCGAUGAAGAUUAUACUAAGAAAGAAAUGGAAGCUGAAAAAGAUUCAUCGAGCAAGACUAUGCCUAGUAUAGGCAAGCUACUGUACAAAAAUGCUAGCUUAUAG